GGAAUGGAGACGCAGAACUGUGAAGGCGUAGCCUGUGUGUCACCCUCUCUCUCUAUUGACUGAAAGAGAAAGUCCAUUGUUGCUGUGAGUUUCAUUGCAGCAUUCCUCUGUCUGAUUAUCGUUCGUCUCACAAAUGAAGUUAAUUUCCCUUUGAUCCUCAACUGCUUUGGACAAACCAGUGUCAAGUGGAUACCGUUUUCUAAUGGUCAUAGGCGGCCUAUGAGAACUCACUAUGGAUAUAUAAAUGUGAAAACGCAAGAGCCUCUACGACUAGACUGUGACCUCUGUGCCAUUGUUUCAAACUCAGGACAGAUGGCUGGCCAGAAAGUGGGAGCUGAGAUAGACAAGUCCUCCUGCAUAUGGAGGAUGAACAACGCUCCCACGAAGGGCUAUGAGGAGGAUGUUGGGAAGAGGACAACCGUAAGAGUGGUCUCUCACACGAGCGUGCCUCUGUUACUCAAGAAUCCCGAGUAUUUUUUCAAAGAAACCAACAACACUGCCUAUGUGAUCUGGGGGCCUUUUCGGAACAUGAGGAAAGAUGGAAAUGGCAUUGUGUACAACAUGCUGAAGAAAACUGUUGACAGCUACCCAGCUGCCAGAAUCUAUGUGACAACAGAAAAGCGCAUGGGUUACUGUGAUGCCGUGUUUAAGAAGGAAACAGGAAAAGACCGAGUCCAGUCAGGUUCAUAUCUCAGUACGGGUUGGUUUACCUUAAUUUUGGCUAUGGAUGCCUGCUAUGGAAUUCGCGUCUAUGGGAUGAUAAAUGACACCUACUGCAAGUCAGAAGGCUUUCGAAAAGUUCCCUACCAUUAUUAUGAGCCAGGAAGAGAUGAGUGUGAGGAGUACUUUCUGCAUGAAAAUGCUCCAUAUGGAGGCCAUAGGUUUAUCACAGAGAAGAAAGUAUUUGCUAAAUGGGCCAAGAAGCACACAAUAAUAUUCACGCAUCCCAACUGGACAGUAUCUUGAUGCUGGUUUUCUUAACUCCUCCUUAAUAGUGUAAUAUUACAAAAAUGUCUCAGUUUACAGUAAUUUUGCUUACAUCUGACUGGACUUUCUCAGCCUAGGUAAUGCUAAACUAAAAUCUAGAAGACAAAGAGGAUGAUGAUUCAGCUGUUAAGCAAAAUUAAUCAAUCUGUGGAAGGCAGACAGUUUGCUUGUUGUUUCUUAGGGUUUUACUCUUCAUAAUGCACUUUAUACUGUAACUGGAUAUUACUUCAAGACAACAGCAAUUAAAGACAGCUGUGAUUUCCAGUAUAUACAGGUGCGCAUGCACACACAGAGAACAUGGCGGUCCUUUAAAACUUGUCCAUUGCCUUAGUUAAUUAAAAUUAGUACUUGCAGCUCUUUUGCAGUACUGAGUCCUGCAGUACUUCUUAGAUUUACAGUAUUAGCAGAAAUUUUCCACAAAGGAAAUAUGAGGAAAUAUACAGACCUCUGAGGUCUACUUGUCUUAUCCAUGAGUGAGUAAACUUCAAGAACCGUCUAAAUACAUUGAUACAUGUGAGCACUUGCAUAUAGGGUAAAAUUACAGAUGGGCUGAACAUGGUUCCUGAACCGCACACAACUGAAAGAUAUGAAAAGCUAUGCUUUGGUCAAGGCUCCUGGGUAAUUCAGAACUUCUAGAAUGCAGCUUCCUUCCAGCCCGGUCAGGCUGCACCACCUUGGAUGAUGUGUUUUGUGCUUUUUGAGGCUGUUGUGCCACAGUGUAGCCGCAGUAGCGUGGCACUUAGCAGCAACUGUGUUUUGCAGCCCAGGCUGAAACUUUGGUUGUUACCACUAACCUGCUACCAGUACCCAAGUUAGUGAGUGUAAAGCUGUCUCAUGAACAUCUCCAUUUACUGCAGACAUGCCUUUGAGAUGCUUAGAGCUCCAACAUCCAAACUCUAAAACCAGCCAGUUUUGACAGUAUUUCCCUUGCAGCCAUCAUAAUUUAUUUUACCUCUCCAAGUUUCUCUAUCUUUAAAAAUGGGGAUAGUAUCUACCUACCUCACAAGGGAGUUGUGAGGAUUAAUUUAAGUCCGUAAAGCACUUUGCUGAUGAAAAAUGCUACAGAGCAUUUAUUCUUAAUGCAAAAGCAAUGGUACCUGUCAUAUAUUCUUGUCUGUUGGGUAUUUGAAGAAAGCGAUGGCAUGUCUGGAUCUGAUGGCAGAUUGUUCUGUGCAUCCUCUUUCCUACUGAGGAUAAUUUGUAACACAGUUCUCUCAGAUUGCAUUGCCUCAGAUGGAGUUGAAAGAACUCACCACCUCACAGUAUUAUCUGCACAUCAAGAGGCAGUUCAAGAAUUUUAAAGUAUGCCUGUCUCUAGUUGAAAUACAUAGUUCCAAGCUUACUCUCAUGGAAGGUUUUCAACUGCAGCAGACUUACCUGUAAUAUGACCAUAAAUCAACUAAACAUGUGAAGUUUAUUUAAACUGUAUUUAAAUUAGUGCUUAAGAGGCUUUAAGUUUAGAAUGUGUCUUAUGAAUAUUUUAACACCUGGAAUAUCAGAUUCAACACUGUAGUAGCCAAUACUGUGAAAACUUGAAAGAAGUAUGUGUGGAACAAGACACACAGGGUUUGCUCACACUACUUAAACAUUAACCAACAGGAAACUUUGUAUGCUUUUGUAAGUCAUGAAGAGGAGAAAGUAAAAAGCUAUUUUUACAUGUAAGUAUUUGUAUACUGACUAUUGUAUAUUUGUACAUAUAAAUCUAUGUUUUAUAUCUUCAUGGCAUAUAUAUUCUCUCAUCAUCAGCUUCAGCCCUUUAGGUAUGGAGAGGAAAUCCCUGCACCAGUGUUCCUUCUCCUGCUGGCUAGUUUCUUGUUCCUGUUGGUAGGGAUGCCAGGGUAUCAUGUCUCUCAUCUGUUGUAGUUUCUACUGCAAAUGCAUCUUCCUGUUUUUAAUUUUAAUAUAGCUAAGCUUUCACUGCUUACUGCUUUCACUGCUGUAAGUGUUCAUGCUGGUUGUGAAAGGCAGGAGCCACGCCUAUGAUCCCGGACAAACAUCAAUAUCCAAAUACUAUAUCCAUCCCAGGCUUCUCAUGUGACUUGAAGCCUCACCUUCCUGUUUGGAAAAAGAGAACAGUAACAUUUUCGUACUCCCUGUCUUGACUGACUUUCUUGUAAGCUCUUGAGGCAGAUAGAUACUCUCAUUUGCAAUAUAUGUGCAAUACUGCCUUGCAAAAGAGGUACCCAAAGUCACUGAAGGCUACAGGCACUACUAUAAUAUACAAACAGUAUUUUUUUAAAUGGCUGCUUCUUGUCCCUGGAGUUUAAAACCAAUUAUAGGCUAAUAUAGCACAGAUGAAAUCAAGAUGGGGGAAGGGUCAUGGAUGGAUGAAGGGCUGUGGUAGCAAAAGACAGUGAGCUAGAUUUAUUGCUAUAUGCAUAUGCAGUUCAGAUGGAUGGCUGGAUAGAUGGAAAGCUAAUAAAAGAAUUGUAAUGCAGGAUUUGAAGGAUGCUGGGCACACAGAGCUAGGGAGAACAUUCCUCACAUAUUGUACAGGGCAGCCCAGGAAAAUCUAUAGCUCCCUUCUGGGAAGAGAAGCCAAAAGGGAGAACGUCAGUCAAGAGGACUUGUAUUUAGAAGGUCUUUGGGGUAGUAGAAAGUUACUAUGAAACUGCUGCACAUGAAAGUGCAGGUGGGCUGGACAGACUUACAUGAAGAGUGUCUGCCUGAUGCAUGGUCCUUCCCCUCAGUAAGCAUAUCGUAAGGAUUUUGCAAGAGUUAUGUUCACAUGUAAGGCAAUUUUGAAGCCUGAGAAAAUUUUUACAAUAAUUGAAACUUGCCAAAUGACCACAAAUCAGUUGUAAAAUAUGUGCUUUAUUCUUAAAAAUAAACAUGUAUAAAUACAAAUCUUUAAAAACAUCUUUAAAAACAGCUUCUAAAAGAGAAAUGAGGGAGAACACACUUGCAGCCUCCAAAAGGUCAGAUUAGAUUUUACAAGGCAUAGACCUAAGUUUGUAAUGAGGUAGUCCACAUGCUGUUGUAAGAGGAUACCGUUUUGUCUUUAACCAGUUUUGACUUAGCGUCUAUCCAGCACUACUGUAGAAGAAUGUAUUUCCUUAUUGGCUAUGUAUGUGUAUGCUCCUUUUUACUAAAUACUAAAGGCCUUGUUUACCAAAUAAUUUAACUGUGCACAUCAGUUCUUCCCUGUUCACGUACGGAUGAGCCUUUACAUCCCACUGAAGUUAGGCAAGUGCUUUUGUGCUCUAUGGGGUCUAAAUGUAUGAGUUACGGAAGACUAAAACUUCAUUUGCACUGGCCUAUUAAUGUGUGCUGCAGGAUGGACUGGGUUUGGUUCGCUAGUCAGACAGGCUUUAGGUCGAACUGCAGCUCCUGUGCAGGCUGCAUGCCCUAAUUUCCUUUAUGUGAAAAUUAGCUCAUGGGGUGAGCUUGCGAACACUUCUGGCUCCAUAAUGGAAUUAGAAAGCAGCUAGGAGCCGGGAUGAGCAUCCAGCCCUAGGCUGGACUAGGAAACAGUCCCAGUUACCAUGCAUUAAAGUAGCUUCUGUUUACUAAGCAAUUUUCCGUAAGAAUUCCUUCCCCCCACCCUGUAAUUAUUUGAAAAUUAACUAGAAUAUAUCAUUUUUAUGUAACAUGGAAAUGAGCAGAAGCUACUGUAGUUGUUUGUGGAAUGCUUGCAUGCUGUACGGGACAAUAUCCCAGCAAUGGCUAGCUAAGAAAAAUACAACUCUUACAGCAGCUAAGAGUUCUUCUUACAGCAGAAUUGAGACCAUCAUUAGAGUGCAGUUGUCACAGAGCAAAUGUAAAAGUGUUGCUUCCCACUUUUAGAGGGGCUUGGAUUUGCACUGAGAGCAGAUCCACAUUUAGAAACAUUACAACAGGCUUCAUUCACACCAGAGCAAAUGAACAUCAGUUUCCUUAUUUAAAUGAGCCUGUCUUUAGCAUAAACUAAACAAAUAUUUUUAUUAUAUGAGUAAGGAACUGUGACCACUGUGAUAAAGAUGAUUCUGUAAAUAAAUGAGUUUGUUGGAGUCUGUUAAAAAUCAGCACUGCAGUGCUAAAGAAAGAAUUUCAGUGUGUGGCUGUGGGGUAAGAGACCUUGAUGAUUCACCUUCUGAGAGCAGUUAAGACAUCAGCUGAGAAUCAUUUAUUAAUUCUUUAAAAGAAAGCCUACUACAGUUUACCUCAAUGUAAUCAGAUCCUAAUUGCUUAUUCAUUCAAGCAGCCCUAUUUUAAUCAACUGCUCGUGUAUAAAACAAGCAGGGAGUUUACCUGAGGAUUUCAAAAUAAGUCUUCAUAUUGCUGCUAAUAGAGGAAUACUUACAAAUAAUUUGGCAUUUUUUUUUGCCAUGAGUCAGCUAAGUAGUCACCAAAAGUUUUCUUUCAUAACUUAAUUGUUUCAAAUACAAUUAUUAAAAAAAAAAGCAUUGUUUAGCAGGCCGUAGCCUUAGCUUUAAGCAAAAGCUUAAAAUUUAAUAUGCGUUGUUACAUUUAUUUCUGAUUGAAUAGUAGAGACCGUUCUAGAAAGAAAUCUGACUUUUUGAUCAGCUAAGUACUGAUUCACAGCUAAUUACUGAGUAACAAAAACCCCCAAAUGACGCCAACCUUCCCACUUUCCCCUGCUACCUGCCUGGCUUUGCACUCCCCUACUUGAACUAAGGCCUCUAGCAGAAAGAAAAAAGGAUUCUGUGUGCCCAGUGAAAUUCCCACCUGCAGACCGAGCGGAUCAGUUACAUCAGUAAAUGGGAAGGAUUGAGCAAGAGUUCUACUGAGGAGCAGGUGGUGUUGCAACUUCUUAAAAAAUGCUCCUAAAAUGUUUUAGGAAGGUGUACACAUUGAUUUUUCCACAAAAUACUUUUCCAAAGUAUUCUGGUUUUUUGAAUGCUGUUAGUUCCUAUGUAGAACUAUUGCUCCGCUCUUUCCAAUGGAAUUACCACCAAUGGGAAAAAAUGCCCUUGACAGGAAAAGGCAGAGACAAAUUCUGUGUUGCCAAAGAUUUCUGAAUAGCCAAUGCCAGGGAUGAAGUCAGCCUGCUACUGCUUUAAUUAUCUGUUGAAUGCUCACUGAUUUGGGAAUCUCUGGGGACUCAAUUCAAAACUGAUGGAAAUCACUUUGACAAGUUCGGAUCGUGAGCAUAGAUCAUGAGUACCCAUUCUGGUAAUAUCUUUGCACUCCUAGUACGAAGGUAAGCAGUGUUUUGUCUGAGAAGCACCACGUGCACGUGAUGCAUUAUAUAGUUAAUAGUAAUGUUAAAGAGGAGCCCAUCCAGCUCUCGGAGGGCUGACACAGCCAGUGCUCAGUCACCUGCCAGAGGGAUGGACAGUAGUAGGACCCCACAUAAGGACAGUAGGCAGCAGAGUACAAAUGCACUUAACCAGUUGACAUGUCCGGGUACACCAAAAAGAUGAAUAAGUAAUCACUCAUGAAUUAUAACUGGCUGACGCCCUUAGCAAGUAGAAAAUCAGAAGCACUUUACGUAUUGAUGGUUGUAUUUCAAUGACUUUUUUUUUCAUGCCUGUAUCUCAGAAAUAGCAUACGCCUUUAACGGUGCUAAAACAAGUCUGGGGCUUGUUGAUGUUGAACCUUAGGGUACCCACAAGAGUGAAACUCAGUGUCAAUGCCAAAGGAUCACACAGGAGCUGUCUAGGGGCAUUGCUGUGUACAGUAUACAACUGUCAUGUAUUUACUAAAAAAAGGCCUUUUUUUUCCUGACUAGGCAUAGUUAGUUCUUUUGAGCAGAAAGUGUUUCAUUUUCAGCAGAUGUGUCUCAUUCUGUUCCUUCUUUCCUGGGAGGAUGCAGAGAAGUGUGACUUAACUAUGGGGGAGUGAAGAAUGAUAUGAUGAAUAAAUAGCCAUCCACCAGAUUCAUAUAUUUUCCUGGCUAUUGCAGUGAUGCAUAACUAAUGACACAGAGAAAAGCAAGUUUUCUGUAAACUUUUAUUGCGUAAUCCACAGAACUCUCAUGUUCUGGAUUGGAGCCUCCCAGGCAAACCCUCCAGAAAGGGCCUGAAGGUGAAAGCAGGGGGCUGUUCCCACUGAAAGACAAGGAUUCGCAAGAAGCCAUAGCAAUCUGCAUGGCACCCCUGGGCCCGCUCCCCCAGUUUUUGUAGGCUGCCCACCCAGCCUCAGCUCUGGGCCCCCGCCAGCCCCACUGAACGAGGUACGUUCUCCCUCUGACUUGUGCAGUCUGUGAGCUGCAUGAAGUCUGCCCCAUCCUCCCCUUCAGUGGGACCUGGGGAGCAGCGACGCGAAACCAGAGGGUGAGGAGUAACAGCAGAGCAGGGACGCUCUCCCUCAAGUCAGCAGCAGGACCUCACUUGGGGCACACUCUCACUUCAGGUGCUGAACUCAGAUGCUUUGAGUGGGGUGGGUGGGAAAGAUGUCACCAGGUUUUGUUAUUGUUUGCAAGAUGGACUCAGGAAGAGUCACCAUUUUAUAUAAGGGUGUUUUAAACAGCUGAUUUUACAUCUUUUUUGCAUUACUUGCUGCUAUUUCUGUGAAUUCCUGCAGACAAGCAGCCGUCAGCAUCAGCCACUGCUGUUCUAAUUUACUGGCCAUAAAGAGACUGUAAACUGGAACCAAUGCAUGUUCUUACCAUGUAUUAUGCAUGAUAGCAUGUUGUAUAUUUUAUUCUCACACUGUAAUAAAUAAUGUAAGUUGUAUGUAGACUUAGUUUAAGCAGGGGAAGUACUGACCCUUCUUUCUCUCUCAUAUCAUGUAUUGUCAAGAGUGCUUUGCUGAACCUCUACGAGUGCCGUUAGCAGUCAGCAGGAUAUAAACUCCUGAAACGAAUCAGGAAAUAUUUACUAAACUUAACAUUUUUCACUUGAAUACUAGAAAUAGUUUGGGUUAAACUUGCAUUUGUGAACCUACUCCAGGGCUCCCAGUUACAUUUCUGUGUUCUGUUCUAAGGGAAACUCGGAUUGGGGUGUAAACUUGGGAAUGACUUUCUUUAAAUAGAUAGUAUCAAGAUAUUGGCAGGGCAGCACUCACAAAUUUUUAACAUCUUUGGGAGUUUCUUCUUUUUAAAUGGAAUUCCACAUGUACCGGAGUAGCUAAGAUGCCUGUAAUUUUUUUCAUAUUGUUGCUGCUGGAAAUAGUAUUUCUGAGGAUGGCUGGAGAAAAAAUUGUGUGCGCUCUUUUGGCUGUUCCUCUAACCCCUCCUCACACACAGGCACACACACUUAUUUGCAGAUGAGAAAAGUGUCUACAGGGAAAGUAGACGCUCUUUUUACAGAUCGUGGCAAGCUGGAACAAAGAAUGUUAAUCUUUUUUUUACAUGGUUAAAUAGAGAAGUUGUGUAGUACAUGUUGAUUCAUGUAUGUUCUGUAUAUUUUCAAAGCCUGUGUCUACGUUAGUGACAAAUGAGCACAACUGGAUCAGAUCUGUAGCCUGAAACUGUUGGUGCUGUGAACUCAGCAUACACCCCAUGGGUUUGGUCCCAUGGGUUAAAUGCCAUUACCUAGCAAUUGGAGCAUGUCUUUUAGUUUUAUCCAAAAGAAAUCCAGUUCACAUGCUCAAGGCCACCCCAUGAUGCAAACCAAACCUUGGUAAGUGGAGGUGUUUGGGAGAGUCACUCAAAAAGCUCACUUCUUAGCUAAACUCUUAUCUAAAUGCUCCAAAAGUACGCCACUGUAAUAUGCUACCCCAUGGGAAAGUGUAAUUCCCAUUAGCCCACCUUUGGCUAGAUGGAAGUCCGUUGUUUGUUUCCUCAGUAGGCUUUGUCUGGGUUCCUUCUUUUCAUAAGCAUUUUCUUCCACAUCUGAGAUCUGAUCCCCCUUGUCAGAUCAUAAGAAUAGAGGGCUCGUGACUCCUCCUAAAGUUAGCAUCCAAAUGUGCUCCGUAAGUCGGGAAUAUGGUAUAGGGCAGUGUCAUCCAGCAAGGAUACAGUAUGGAAAGUGCCUAGUUUGAGGUAGUUAAUUGUGAUUGUGCUUAUGGAUGUGGUUUUAUCAUGAACAUGGUAGAUACUUGCUAAUGCAUCCAUUGUUUUCAUAUACUGCAUGACACACAAUAAUUCCCUCCAUCAUUUUUCCAGAAUAUGUUUGUUCUUGUGGCCUUCCAAUUGUAUAUAUGUAUGUGUGUGCAUUUGUGCACGUAUAUACAGUAUACAAGCACUGUUCUGUUUUUCUAGAGUUGCUAGAAUAUGCUGCUCCUAAUAUGAGCUGAUUUAGAAAGUAGUGUUGACUAGUGUAUUCAUACUAGAUAUCACUGUAGUUAGAAAACUUUCAUCCUAUAGAUUUAGAAAGCUUUCAUACUAUUUAUACUUAUUUUAGAUGUUUUGCCAUGUAUUUUCCUGCUGUAAACUGCUUAGUUUUUGCCCUGUAUGGAGAAUGUGCUUCUGUGUACUUGCAAAAUUGUGCCUG